AUGGGUUCAGAAGGAAACUCUGAUAAAUUAAGUAUAAAGAAUAUUUUAUUUACUAAAGCAUUACCAAAUUACACUAUUCCUGUACCUACAAAUGGUUAUAAAAUAUUUCCUUGCACUGAUUGCGGUGAUAAAUUUCUCUUUGAGUCUAGUUACAAUGAUCACAUAAACCGUAAGUCCUUGAAGAUCACAUACUAUUGUCGACACUGUAAUAAAAUCAUAAUAAACAAUAACAGAUGUAGAUUGAUAUCUCACAUCAGAUCUCACGCAUUUAAAACAACUACAAUUAAUGUGAGUGACAUAAAAAUUGAGCCACUACCAAUUCAAGACAUUAACUGGACUUUGCCAUUACCAAAUAACUCACAAGUCGACGUUCACCCACAGGAUAAAGACAUAAUUGUCUGUUAUGAAUGUAAGACAAGUUUAGAUAGAUCUGAUAAAAUCUACAAAGAUAGAGCAAAGCAUUACACGAAAUAUACUAACAUAGUAUACUCUUGUCCUGUUUGUUUGUUUUCACUACCUAAUAUAUGCGCUCUAAAAGCACAUUUAAGAAUUCAUUUGAAAGUACCUCCUUUUUUUUGCCCAGAAUGUGGUAUUCAUUUGUCUAACAGGACCAUUUCUUAUCCAUAUAAUCAUGAUUGUGAUGGUUUUAAUAUGAUAAGAGCUACCACCAGAAUAAAAUGUAAACAAAAGCAAUGUUAUAAAAUUUUUCAUCCAAAUGACUAUAGAAUGCAUAUUAAAAAUCAUUUGGAAAAAGUUUACAAGUGUAUUGACUGUUUGAAAGUAUGGAAUAGUAAACCAUCUAAAAAACAUUUGCCAUGUAACAACAUUGAUAAACUUGUAACCUGCUUUCGAUGUGAAAUUUGUACAAAUAAAUUAGUGCAAAAAAGUGAAGUUAAUAAACAUUUGAAUCUUCAUUUUAAGAAUUUUCAAGUUCAAAUUGAUAAUUACAUUUAUCCAUGUUUGUCUUGUAGUUUAAUAUGUAAUGAUAUAUCAACACUGAUUAAACACAAUAUUGAUAAACAUGCCAUCAAUGAUAUGAAGAACCUCUUAGUAAACAUUUUGAAGGAAUAUAACUCUACAACUAAACCAGUCAGACAUGGAUUUUACCGUGUACUGAAAAAAUGUGACAAAUGUUUAAGAAGUUUCUUAUAUAGAUGUGAGUAUGAAAAUAUAAAAAUAUUGCCAAAUGAAUGUCCUUACGAAUGUUCAGUUGAUAAUAAUAAUUGUACACAAACUAAUGAAAAUUCAAUUGUGUGUAGUCUUUGUAAGUAUAAGGUAAGAGACAAUUGGGAUAAAAUUAAAAACCACUUUGCAACAUUUCACAAGAAUCAUAAAUGCUUAGAUUUGAAAGUUAUUUUGACAAAAAUCGAUAAUGAAACAUUAAGCCUAUGUAACAAUGCAGAGAAUUUAAAAUAUGUAAUGAGCAAAAAUACAAAUGUGAAAAAGAACAAAAUAUUGUUAAGAAAGAAAAAAUUAUAUAAAAAGAAAAAUGAGAUUCCAUUGAAUACCAUUAUUGAUAAUUUCGCUCCAAUAGAUGGGUAUGUUUGCAAGACAUGCAACUUUAACUGUGAGAAUAAGCAAACUUUUGAAAUUCACAUAACUACUCAUAGAGAUCCAUGUAUGGCAUAUCAAUGUCUUGAAUGUGGACAAUGCUUUGUUGUUAAACCUUCUUUUUCAACACACUUGAUAUUGGAACAUGGCAUAGCUGAUGUUGAAGAGUACAUAAACAAAAAAAAGUGUUAUAAUGAGACUGCUCUUUUAAAACAGCCUAACAAUGAAGAAACAAGAGAGGAACCUGUUACAGAAAAUCAAUGUAAAAUUUGUAGAGAUAAGUUUGAUAAUAACAUUGAUUUAGAAAAACAUUUCAGAGUGCAUGGCAUGGCUUUUCUAAUGAAAACUACUCAUAAAAACAAUAGUCCUUAGUAUUAGUAAUGUUAAGGAAAAUUUAAGUACUUAUCUGAUUAUUUUUGUCUUACAAUUUUGUAUGUUAAAAAAAACAUUGUCAAUGUAAUUAUUCAUUAAUGAUUAAUAAAUUCUUUAGCAUGUUAAGAAAAUA